AUGUCUGACCACGAUAUCCUGAUUGAGCUCUUCGCUCCUUCUGCUGGAGGGGAGAUACCCAACGAUGUCACGACAGAACUCCAACAUAUCAUCCGCCUACUAGACAUCAACGCCCAGGAACUCUUCUUCAAAUGGGAAAGCUACGUGAUCAAGAUGGGUGUCGAGAAUACCAAGCUCGACUCGAAGACUGUGCGCGAUUUCAAGAAGGACUUGCAAGAUGCACUGGAACGGGAAUCGAGAGCGAAGGGUCAUGUUGUCCACCAGAGUGCCACGAAGAAGACUGCAGCUACUCCUCGCAAUGGUGGUGGAGACGUGUAUGGCAUGCUGGACGGUAUGGUCUCUGCGACUCCUGGUCCACGCAUGGGUGCUGCUGGAAAGAGGAAAGCAAACAACUUCGACACGCCAGCGCCGAAGUCGUCGAAGAGUGGCCUGAACAGCUCCCCUGCAGAUAACAGUCGUACACCAGCGCCGACCAAGGACAUCCCCGGUAUCAGCUUCGCCGAUCGACAAAACCCUGGCGAGAUUGUGCAACAGAUCAAUGGCCAGUUACCUGCUGCGGUCGCACCAGACGAACGACCCACAGAGGCCCGCGUCAAGCUGAAGGCCAAUCUCGAGCUGCCAAAGUUUGCGUACAAGACUAUGGCCAUGAAAUUAUCCGAGGCUUCCGAAAUCUUAGACGAUCGAAUUGACAGCUUCACCGACCUCAUCCAAGCACAUCAUGAACUACCGGACAAUGCGUUUGGCAACCCUGCAGCACAAUCAACAGCAGAGAUCGUGGCAGUUGGCCGCAUAGCUUGUGAUCAGCCGAACGGAAGGCUCAACGCAGCCAGCACAGUGCUCGAGACCAGUCGGCGGAUGGGUGCUGGACUUCGUGUGCCUCUCAAGUUCGAAGGUGUAGGCUACGAUCUGUUUCCCGGCAAAAUUAUAGCUGUACGAGGCACGAAUGUCAGUGGCGAGUACUUUGCCGUGUCCGAAGUUCUAUCUAUGCCUCCUCUACCGCCGCCAGCAUCUACGCCAACGGAGCUCGACAUACACAAUGACCGCCUUGCCGGAGCUGACGGCGAAGCAAGGCCACUCAGUCUGCUUGUUGCCAGUGGACCGUAUACUACUGACACAGACCUAGCCUACGCCUCGUUCCAUGCUCUACUGUCCAAGGCGCAGGACCAAGUAGCAGACGCCCUUAUCCUCACCGGACCCUUCCUCGACCUCGAGCACCCGAUCAUAGCCUCAGGCGACUUCGAAGACCACCUCCCGGCCAACGCCAGAAUCGAGCCCGACCGCGCCACCAUAAACGACGUCUUCCGUAUUUUUAUCAGCGAACCCUUGCAGAGACUUGUCCAAGCCGUACCGACCAUCACGAUAAUCAUGGUCCCCAGUAUCCGUGACGCGACCAGCAAACACGUCUCCUGGCCUCAAGAUCGAUUUCCCAAGGGACCAUUUGGUUUACCAAAACAAGUGCAAGUCGUGACGAACCCCAUCGUGCUCUCCAUCAACGAGAUGGUUGUGGCGAUAAGCACACAGGAUGUCUUGUCCGAGCUGAGAAGGGAGAAUGUCUUCCAGCAUGGCAAGGGUCACGCUUUCGGAGAUGAUAUGCUUGCACGAUUGACGAAUAGUGUGAUUGAGCAACGGCACUUCUUCCCUGUCUUCCCACCUGCUGCACGAGAGGACCUGCCGAAGCCUUCGGGCAUUGUUGGUGAGGUACCGGAAGUUGGCGGAGAAGAACGUAUGCCCGUUGGCGCAAGUCUGGACAUCGCCUACCUCAAACUCGGCGAGUGGAUAAGUGUGAGGCCUGAUGUGUUGGUGCUACCAAGUGCACUCAACCCUUUCGUGAAGGUCGUCGAAGGUAUCACGUGUCUGAAUCCAGGUACACUCAGCAAGAAGCGUGGUGCGGGACAUUAUGCUGCACUGAACGUACAAGCAAGGAGUCUGAGUGAGGAGGAGCGAGAAGCUGGACAGGCUGUUGCGCAUAAUGUGUUUGAAAGGACACGGGUGGACAUUACGAGGAUCUGA